CUUCUUUUUGCCCGGACACACAUGACGAGACGCCAGUUCUCACUCCCAUUGAGUGUCUGGUUUCUGCAGUAGCCAAUCAGUGUCUCCUCGGUUCCUGGCUGUAAGGUCCGCAAGAACCUGCCAGAACUGUCUCCCCAGAAUCCAGUGUUCAGGGUCAUGGCGUCCCAGAUCCUUCUGCUCCUGCUCUCGGGGGCCCUGGCCGUGACCCAGACCCGGGCAGGCUCCCACUCCCUGAGGUAUUUCUACACCGGCGUGUCCCGGCCCGGCCGCGGGGAGCCCCGCUUCAUCGCCGUCGGCUACGUGGACGACACGCAGUUCGUGCGGUUCGACAGCGACGCCGCGAAUCCGAGGAUUGAGCCGCGGGCGCCGUGGGUUGAGCGGGAGGGGCCGGAGUAUUGGGACCUGAGCACACGGAACGUCCAGGGCACCGCACAGACUUUCCGACGGAACCUGCGGACCGCGCUCGGCUACUACAACCAGAGCGACGCCGGGUCUCACACCCUCCAGGAGAUCUUUGGCUGUGAAGUGGGGCCGGACGGGCGCCUCCUCCGCGGGUACGAUCAGUGGGCUUAUGAUGGCGCCGACUACAUCGCCCUGAACGAGGACCUGCGCACCUGGACGGCGGCGGACACGGCUGCUCAGAUCACCCAGCGCAAGUGGGAGGAGGCCCGGGAGGCCGAGAAUAUGAAGGCCUACUUGGAGGUCAUGUGUGUGGAGUGGCUUCGCAGGUACCUGGAGAACGGGAAGGAGAUGCUGCAGCGCGCAGGUGCGAAGGGCUGUAGAGUGACUCUCAUGUCUCCCCUUGGCCGAGGCUGUUCCCUAGCUGGCCUCUCAUAGGGAGAGAAGGGAAAUGGGAUAGACACCUGAAUACCCCUUCCCACUAUCCCAAGGGUCGGGGAGAGGGAGGAGUCGGCCCCUAUUCGGAGAAUCUGCACUAGAGAGUGACUCACCCAGAGAACAUGCGUUUCUGUCAGAGACAGUUAAGGGAUCCAGUCUCUCUAGGGACAGUGGGGGAGAGGAUUCCUGAAAGAGCUGAUCAGCAGAUCCUUUGACCCUGGCAGUGGCUUUGGUAACCCCCAGGGACUCGUUCUCUGCUCUUGUUCUCUGCUCCACACCCAACCAACCUCUUUGGAGGUCUGACUCCACCUUUUCUGAGUUUCUUGCCCACCACCCAGGUCAGGGCCAGAAGCCCCUGCUCUCCUCAGACCUGGAUCCUACUUGACCGGGCAGUCUCACCUAGAUUCUAGAACUUUGUAAGGAAUAAGAGUAUUC